AUGGUGAUUCGUUUCGAAGAUAUACCCGAUGAAUUGUUUUUACUCGUUUGUCGUCAUCUAACUUGGCUCGAAGUAAUGAAUGUAUUCUAUUUAUUGAAUAUUCGUUUUAGACGUACGAUUGCUGAUUAUUGUUACUAUAUUUAUUUACCAUUAAAUUUAACCUAUGUUCAAUUCAAAGAAUAUCGAGACAAAUGGUUGCCCAUGCUCAAACCUCAUACACUUCAUAUUCAAAAAUCCAUACACUAUACAUUACUUCAUCCACUUUUUGAAAAAUGUCUAUCAUCGCUCGAUACACUUGUCAUAUGGUCAGUCAAAUCUAAUUUAAAUCCACUCCCACCUCUUUCACUCAAAUAUCUUCGUAUUCAUUUCGACAGUGGCUACGAUCAUUGUUAUAAGUCCAUUUAUCAUUAUUUUCUCAAUGCAUCCUCUCAACUCACACAUAUACAUAUUACUGUGAAGUAUGUCCAUGGUAUUCGAGUAUGGAAAAAUGAACAGUGUCUUAAUGGUCCACCGUCCAUUGAACCUAUCUAUUUGCCUCUUCUUGUCAAUGUUAAUCUGCAUGUUAUGUUAUAUGACGAUAUUGUCCUAUUAUUACCACGUUUAAUCAAUGUUAAAUAUCUUCAAUUGACAAUAAGCAAACCAUUAACAAAGAUGAGAAUCAUGUCAAUAUCAACAUUGAAACGUGUUCAACUCGAUCAUCUAAUUGAUUUUCAAAUGUAUAUUGGUAGCAAUAUGAAUAUCAACGAACAAUCUGUUCCAUUUAGUGAAUUUGUGGUCAUGUGUUUGCCAAUAACAUUGAAUCAUCAACUUCAACGAUAUGCAAUUUCAGUUGAAAUAUCUCAAUUCGAUUCAACUUAUCUGAAUGGUAAUGUCUGGCAUCAAACACUUUUGUCAUCCACAAAUAAUCUAUCCAUUGUUCGUCUGAACCUUUCGUUGCCAGUUGGAUUUGCUCAUCAUCAUCAUCCAACGCUUCUUGCUGAAUAUAUUCAUUGGCUUCCGAACGUUUCUCUUCUCUACAAACAAUAUCGAUCUUAUCAUUUUAACUUUAAUUCAAUAUCAAAACAUAAUUUUGAUAUAAUAUGUUCACAACAUCUAUCAUUUAUUACUGAUCAAAUUAUUAGUCUUAGUCUUUUCGAUAAUGAAAAUACUUCAGGACAAAUAAAUCUAUUUCGAUUUUACAUACUAUCAUUUAGUUAA